AUUUGCAGAAUCUUACUCUUUGAAAGGUUUUAACAAUUAUAACUUACAAAAUCAGUUAAUAAUUUACAGUGGCGCAAACCCAUUCAGGUGUGACAUUUGUUGCAAAUAAUUUACUCGUAAAUCUAUCUUACAGCAACAUUUAAUAAUUCACAGUGGUAAAAAACCAUUCAGUUGUAACAUUUGUUCCAAAAGUUUUAAUUCCAAAUCUAAUUUACGGAGACAUUUAAUAAUUCACAGUAAUAAAAAACCAUUCAAGUGUGAAAACAAAUCAGAAACAUCACUUACAUAAUCAUUUAUUGAGUCACAGUGGUGAAAAACCAUUCAACUGCGACAUUUGUCCUAAAAGAUUUACUCAGAAACAUAACCUAAAGCAACAUCAUUUUAUGUUUCACAGUGCUAAAAAAGUAUUCAAAUGUAGCAGUUGUCCCAAAGAAUAUACGCGAGAAUCUUAUUUAAAGAACCAUUUAAUAAUUCACACCGAUAAAAAACCAGUGAAGUGUACCAUUUGUUACAAAGGUUUAAAUUUUAAACGUAAUUUACGGACACAUUUAUUAAUUCACCUUGGUGAAAAAUCAUUCAAGUGUGACAUUUGUCUUAAAAUGUUUCUUCUGAAAUUUACCUUACGAAGACAUUUAAUAAUUCACAGUGAUAAAAAACCAUUUAAGUGUGACAAUUGUUCCAAAGAAUUUGCUCCGAAGUCUCAGUUACAAAGUCAUUUAAUAAUUCACAGUGAAGAAAAACCUUUCAAGUGUGACAUUUGUUCCAAAGUAUUUACUCAGAAAUCUAUCUUACAGAAUCAUUUAUUAAUUCACAGUGGUAAAAAACCUUUUAAAUGUGAUAUUUGUUCUAAGUAAUGAAUUUAUUCACAAAUAUGCCUUAAAACAGCAUUUAAUAAUUCACAGUGGUAUAAAACCAUUCACGUGUGAAAUUUGUUCCAAAGGUUUUAAUUUCAAAUCUAAUUUACGGGUACAUUUAAUAAAGCACAGUGAUUAAAAACAUAUUUAACUUACAAAUGAAGGGUCGGCCAUAACAUCGUUAUAACUGACAAUUUUACGUUGUGUUGGAUUUUCAUCGAAUAACGUUUUAUUUUGUUUUGUUUUAACUCUAACACUAUCUUGAGAUCUGUUGUAGCAGUUUAUUGUGCAACAGUAAAAUUGGAGUGAAGAAGAAUAACUAACUCAAAAGGUUUAUAACAUCAUAUAUUUUUUGUUUGUUCAGUCUGACAAAACAUUUAUGUCAACAACACGGUUUACAUAAUCAUAUCAUCUAGUUGUUAGAUUCACAGGAUGAUAAUAAAUUAGUGAAUCAUGCUUCAACAAGAUCAUUGUCGGAUUGGGACCUCUAGAGCCUACCGGUUCGGCAGAAAAAAGGGCCCACCUAUCUUUGAUGCUCAAGAAUAGUGAUACAACUCUUAAAUUUCCAUUUUCUGGACUAUUAUAAAAAUAUAUUAGUAUUGGGAUAAUUCGAAUGAAAAAUAAUCGGUAAUUCGAUUAUUAAAAUGUUUCGAGAACUUGAACUGAAUCAUUCGAAUGAUCAGAUUAUUCAAAUAGAAGACUUCUAUACAAGGGAAGUGCAACCAACUUAACAAAAUAAAAUUGACACUAAUAACAUAAAAAAUCGGGUCACAUAAAGAGGCUGUUUUUUAGUUUGGUUUUAGGUUUUUCCUAUCUACUUUCAUGCCAUUUCCAUACCUUGUUGUAUCCGUAACGAUAAAAAGACUUUAGUUUAGGGUAUUUUACAUUUAAAGGUCGAAACAUUUUGUCACUGUCAGCUUUCUGGUAGAACACAGGCGUAACCAUAGAUGGGCAUAGUAUUGUAUGUUGGUUGUAUAUUGUAUAGAACUUGUAUUCGUAGCAACAGCAUUUUGAAAUUGACAUAAAUAAAUAAAACCAAAUGAAAAAAAUGUUUCAAGAAAGCGGAAGAAACACAAAUAGACUAUUAACAACAAAAAAUAAAAUGCAAUGCUAGGCUUAUGUUUUGACAUUAUCGACAGCUGAUAUUGACAAAUGUUUUCAACCUUUAAAUGUAAAAUACCCUAAAAUAAAGUCUUUUUUACGUUACGGGUACAACAUGGUAUCUAAACGGUAUAAAAGUAGAUAAGAAAACCAAAAAUUUAACAGAAAAACAGCUUCUUUAUGUGACCCGAUUUCUUAUGUCAUUAGUGUCAAAAAAAAUUUGUUAAGUUGGUUGCACUUCCCUUGUAUAGAAGUCCUCUAUUAACAGUACCGAGCGAAACGGAAUUUCGAAUGAUCUGAUCAUUCAAAUGCACAACGAGUAGUAACGAGUGAAACGGUAAUCCAAUAUUUCGAAUGAAUUAAAUAAUUAAAAUCAUAAACAAAAAUAGAUUCUUAAAAAAAAUGAAAUAAACGAAAAUAAUGAGUAAUGAAACUUAAAACUUAUUCUGAGAUAAAAAAGUAAGUAUUUAAAAAAACGCAUUAACACAAUAUAAAUUCCAACAAAAUAAAUAAAACUAAACAUUAUAAACUAAAAACAGGUACAUUCGCACAUUCAGAUACUAUUUAAAAAUAAUAUUUUGUCCAAAAUUUUUGGAGAUAGGCCAUUUCUUCUUAGUUGUCCAGACUUGGAAAACACCCUUUCGGAUAGGACCGAUGUUGCAGGUAUUGAAAAAUACUUUAUGGCCAAGUGAUAGAGCUCGGUCAAAGUGAUCCGAAUCUUUAUAUUUAACGUAAACAUGUCUCUUUUGUCGAAUUAAGUAUUUAAUAGAACACCUUCUGAAUCUGCCCAAUUUGAUAUUGUGCAAGAUGAAAUAUUUACAGCUGCUUCACCUUUGAUCUUUGCUAAUAGCGUUUUCGAUUCCACUGCCCUGCCUGCGUGGAGUGCACAUAAAAGAUGAGCGAUAUAUCAAUACCGGUUACAUUUCAGAGUGAAAAGUAACUAGUAUCGAAUUUUUGAUUAUCUUUUAAAAUUUUAGCAAUAUUGUCUAAAAUUUCAGAACAAUCUGAAGCACAUUGAUUAGUUUUACUUCUAUAUGAAAUAAGUUCUUACAGCAAAAUUAAAAAUUCCUUUCAUGUGGAGAACCAGCGAACGAAGCCACAAUAUUCACUUUUACUGAUCUUUCUUGCUAUUCCCGAAGUAUAAAAUGUUCUUUUGAUGUUUUCUCGUUGAGCUAUUUAGUUCACCCAACUGGAAUUUUCUAACACACGGUAUAUGUUCGAAUAGGUGAAUAAAUCGUUAAUACGAACCGAAAAUUAUAUCCACUAAUCCCGUUUGACCUAUCCUACUGACUGCGACACUUAAAUUCAAAAUUUCCGUAAGGUAGUUUUUAAAAAAUAAUUUAUUUAAAAUAAAAAUUGUGUUACAAAAUAAAGGAUGUUUACUGAACAAAAUCAGAUUCUAGACUAAAUGUAAUUAAAUGAAAUAAAACACAUCUAAUAUAAAAAUGUAAAUAAACUGUAAAAUGUCUACUUAGCAAACUGACAUUUGUAACUAUGGGAAACUACGGUUAAUGUUCUUGAUGUCUUUUUGAUAGAUUUGUUUUUAAUAAAGACGUAUUAUUUUUAAUAUUGUUAUGGUAGAUCAUUCAAUUAUUCCUAAGAAUUUACUAAGAAAUCUCAGUUACAGAGUCAUUUAAUAAUAAUUAUUCACAGUGAUAAAAAAUAAUUAAAGCGUGAUAUUGGUUCUAAUGAACUUACUCAGAAACCAUACAAGUGUGACAUUUGUUUCAAAGGUUUUAAAAUUAUAGACUUUAUUAUUCAUAUUAACAAAAAACGCAUCGUUGUCAUGAUAACAUUUUUGCAUUUUAAAGGUCAUAUUGUUGCAAUGAUAAAACUGUUUAUGCCCGUAUGUCAAUAGGUCAUUCAUGGUAUGGAUACAAUACAUUUACUGAUUUAAUUUUAAAAAAGUCUGUAUAAUAAUAAACAGAGAUCGGAAUUAUAUAAUUGAUGACCACAAAUUAAGGUAAGGACAGAGACCAUUGUAUAUAUUCAAAUAUAUAAAAGGCUAAAAUAACUAAAUUUUUAUAUAUACUUUUAUUGUUUGUACCUCUAAGGUGUGCUGAAUCCACACCUGUUAUAUAUGUUAUGACCUAUUAACAUACAGGCUCUAGAUAUGUAACUUGUAAUCUGUAGACACAAAAUUUUGUACUUGUUCGCUAACAUAAUGUUUUGUUUUGAAUGUCAAGGUUUGUUCCAACACAAUAGCAAAUUGGUGUUCCAACAUACUCAAACCUAAUCACAAACCAGUUUUUGUACUGUCAAAUCAGUUCCUGCGCGUCUGAAUAGGAACGAAUUGUCAAGACAUGCGCAAAACGAAAGUUAGCUCGUAAAUAAAUCACGACCAACUCUGGAAAUGUCGUGAUUAUAUUCGUUUUGAUAGCAUCAUCGAUCGUAAUUUAGUUUUUACUCAUUAUCAUUAUUUAUAGUAUAUUAUUUUAUGAGUAAUGAGUGUAAAAAGUGAAAAGAACUAUUAUUCUGACUUAGAUACAGUAAAAAAUAAAAUAAGUUAAUGUAAUAACCAAUUGAAUUAUCAAAAUUUAUAAAUCUUUUAAUGAGUUUUAAUUUUUUUUAUUUAUCAAAUUCAAAAUUUAAUAUCUGUUAAUGUUUUUUCUACUUUUACGUUAUUGAUAGUAUGUCUGACAACAGAAACAUGUGUUCCAACACAACCAAGUUCCGAAUUCAGUCUCAAUCAUCGACAGGUCGUGGAUUGGUCGUCGACUAUCACUCGUCGACAAUAAGUUGUGGACUGGUUUGUGUAUGGUUCCAAGAUUGUUGUUGGAACAAACCUUUAUAAACCACUCAAAACAAAAAAAGGAUCUACUUCAUUAUUUUGUUAAUUCUUAUUUUUUGUAUCACUAAUUAUAAACAUUUAGGUA